UAGCAACUCCACUCUUAAAAUUAUAUCAAUGUUUUAUACUCUCCACAAUUUCUCUUCUAUUCUCUGUUUUCCACUUCAACCGACUCUCUCUCUCUCUCUCUCUCUCUCUUCAUCUCAUCAACCUUGACAACGUGAUCCAUCCGAAUCCUCAAGUCAAGAAUAAUCAGUCUGGGAAAAGAAAAGGUUGGAAGGCCAGGUUGUUUCAAGCAGCUUUUGGGCUUUACCACCACUGCUGUAAGUCCUCAAUUCUCUGACUGUCUCUCCUCUCUUCAACUCAUUGACCUUGACAACGUGAUCCAUCAGCAUCCUCAAGUUCAAGAUUUGCCAAUAUAUUUCUAAUGGCUGCCAUUAGCACUUAAUCUGCCUCAUCUUCGUCAUCAAUUUCUUCUUCAACACCACAACAAAAAUACGAUGUCUUUCUCAGCUUUAGAGGUGAGGACACACGCAAUAGAUUUACUGACCAUCUAUAUGUUGCCUUAAAACAAAAGGGCAUUCUCACCUUUAGAGACGAGGAAAAACUUGAGACGGGAAAAUCUAUUUCAUCAGAGCUUAUGAAAGCAAUAGAAAAAUCAAGGUUUGCAAUUGUCAUUCUUUCAAGAAACUAUGCAUCUUCUACAUGGUGUUUGGAUGAACUUGUAAAGAUCAUUAGGUGCAUGAAAGAGAUGAAGAUGAUGGUUCUACCAAUUUUUUAUGAUGUGGAUCCAUCUACUAUACGAAAACAAAUGGGUACUUUUGCCCAAGCCUUUGCUAAACAUGAAGAAAAUUUCAAGGACUUCAUAGACAAGGUGCAAGCAUGGAGAACUGCUUUGAGAGAAGUAGCCAAUCUCAAAGGAUGGCAUGUACAAGAUAGGCCUGAGUCACAAAUUAUCCAGAACAUUGUGGGAGAAUUGUGGCAUAAAUUAAGUUAUGCAUUCUCAGAAUAUACCGAAAACCUAGUAGGAAUAAUUUCUCGAGCGGAGAAAUUGGAGUCAUGUUUGGAUUUAGGGUCAAACAAUGUUCGCAUGGUAGGGAUUUGGGGGAUGGGAGGAAUAGGUAAAACAACUCUUGCUAGAGUUGUGUUUCGUAUGGUUUCAAAUAAGUUUGAAGGUUGUUGUUUUCUUGCUAAUGUUAGGGGAGUUUGUGAAAAAGAUGGUUUAGUUCGAUUACAACAACAACUCAUUCUUCAAAUUUUGAAUGAAAAUAUGGGGGUAGAAGAUGUUAAUGAAGGAGUUUUUGUGAUCAAGAAUAGGUUACGUCAUAAAAAUAUUCUUCUCAUUCUUAAUGAUGUAGAUCAAUUAGACCAAUUAAACAAGUUAGCAGGGGAUCAUAUUUGGUUUAGUUUAGGUAGUAGAGUUAUCAUAACAACAAGAGAUAAGCAUUUGCUACAGACCCUUGGAGUAGAUGAAAUAUAUGAGGCUAAUGGAUUGACUCAUGAUGAAUCUUUUCAUCUUUUGAGUUUGAAAGCAUUUAAAAAAGAUCAUCCACCCGAAGAUUAUCUAGAGUUGUCCAGAGAUUUUGUAUAUUAUGCUAAAGACCUUCCUUUAGCUAUUGAGAUUUUGGGUUCUUUUUUGUUUGGUAGAAGUAUCCAUCAAUGGAAAAGUACAUUAAAUAGGCUAAAACGGUUUCCUGAAAAAUAUAUUCUCCAAGUACUUAGAAUAAGUUUUGAAGGACUACAUGAAAUAGAGAAGGAAAUAUUCCUAAAUAUUGCUUGUUUCUUUAAUCAUAAGGUGAAAAAAGAUGUAGUAGAAAUACUAAAUUAUCUUGACCUUUUUCCAAAUGUUGGAUUGGGGGUUCUUUUUGAUAAAUCUCUUGUUAAAUUUGAUGAUUGUACCUUGUGGAUGCAUGAUUUGCUUCAAGAAAUGGGCAAGAACAUAGUUUAUGAAGAGUGUCCUAAAGAGCCGGGAAAACGUGGCAAACUGUGGCUGUUUAAGGACAUUAACAAUGUACUGACAGAAAAUACGGAAACAAAAGCAAUUCAAGGCAUAGUCUUAAAGUUGCAUAAACAAAAAGAGGCAUAUUGGAAUCCUGAAUCCUUUUCAAAGGUUCAUGAUCUUAAAUUGCUCAUAAUUAAUAACGUUCACCUUUUGCACGAGCCCAAAUAUCUUCCUAAUGCCUUGAGAUUUGUUGACUGGAGCGGAUACCCUUCAAAAUAUUUUCCACCAAGUUCCCAACAAAAGUCUUUUGAUAGUUUGAAGUUCAUCAAUUUGAAGAAAUCACUAAAAUUGAUUGAAACUCCUGACUUCAACAAAAUCCCAAAUCUUGAGAAAUUGAUUCUUAAAGGUUGUAUAAAUUUACGUUCCUUGCACCCAUCAAUUGGAGUUCAUCAAAAACUCACUUUUCUUAACCUAGAAGGUUGUAAAAACCUCAGAAGUCUUCCAAUUGGGAAUUUGACUGGCCUUACUUCAUUGAAUCUAAAAGAUUGCAAAAACCUCAAAAGUCUUCCAAGUAAAUUUGAAAUGGAGUCUCUAGAGAUCCUUGUCCUUUCUGGUUGCUCAAAUUUAAAAAGAAUUUCAGAGUUUGGUGAAAAUAUGAGAAAUGUAUCAAAACUUUACUUAGAUGGCACUGCUAUUACAAAAUUACCUACAUCAAUUGGGAAUUUGACUGGCCUUGCUUCAUUGGAUUUAAAAGAUUGCAAAAAUCUAAUGUCUCUUCCUAGCACCUUUUUUAAUAUGAAGUGGCUCAAAGAUCUCAAUCUUUCCGGAUGCUCAAAAGUCAAAACUACAGGAAAAUUUGGUGACUGAGAAAAGGGUA